GUAAGUUAAUUUUAUUGAUGACACUGCGUUUCGGGGUCAUCAACAUAUUGUGCCCCCCGCCCCAAAAGUCAAACCGCGCCUAUGUCUCGCGGCGUAGCAAGGAAUUUCAGAACACCGUUUUGAAACCCCUGGCGGACCCGCUUCCAGCCCGCGUGCCGUAUGUUUGCCCACCCCUAGUGACUUAUCCGAACGCACUACGUCAUUAUCGUGGAGCGGCGCUCGCCAAAAAUACUCUCAACUUGUAUACCCUUGUCAAAAAAGUGCGCCUGUUCGCGUUUUAAAAACCCACUCCACGUACUUGCCAAUACUUUUACCGUCUCGGAGGACUUUAAACAGGAUUCCGAAGCGACUGACUGACCUCCUGCUGCCGUUCAACAGCAGCGAGCCGGCCCGCGCAUGGAGAAGGCGUCGAGGGCCCGAAGUACCCGAGGACGACCCCGCGUCGAACGUCCAAGUUAGCGAAGCCGGGGAAAUGGCAGCGACAGUAGCAUCAUAACGCCUGACUCAUCCCGCAUCAGUACCACUACCGUAAAGGACCGUCGUUUGACGUAACUCGGAUGUUAACACGCUGCUGGACUAUGUAGUCUUUUUUUUUUAUUAGCUUAAUGCUAGAUGUCUCAAAUGAGUCGGCGGCGUAAGUAACCGGCGGCCAUCUUGCGUCGUAAACCUUUGUUUACCACACGUAAUUUUCUCCACUCAAAUAUUUGUACUUUAAAAUGACUUCGUAUAUGAAAAAGUAAAUUAGGUAAUAUAUAUAUUUCAAAGUAAACGCUCCUUCGACUAUUAUGUUUGGCUAAUGUCUCUGACACAAAAUGGCCGACAAGGGAUAACGCCCAUUUCUUUCAGCUCAUAGCACGCAUCAAACAUCUACCCUUAUGUAUGCAACUUACUCGUUUUGAGCGUCUAACAACCAGCGUCGCCAUUGGUUGUGACGAAAAAGGGGCGGGGCUCGGUGCAGGGACUCUCACACAUACCUCAGGCUAAAUACAUAAUCAAAUUUUCUCUCCAUUUUGUGCUCGCUCAAGCAACUUCUUUUCAGAACUCUGAGAAAUGCACGACAAUUCACCGUAACAUUGAAUGCCUCUCAUAAUUAGAGACAACCCGGCAUUGGACGCUCGCCAUGCAGCCGCCGCCGUCGCAGCAGCAGCGCCUCCUCAAAGUGCUGGUUAUCGGCGACCUGGGGGUGGGCAAGACCUCCAUCAUCAAGCGUUACGUGCAUCGGGUGUUCUCCCAGCAUUACCGGGCCACCAUCGGGGUGGACUUUGCCCUCAAAGUGCUCCAGUGGGACCACGCCACGGUGGUGCGUCUGCAGCUGUGGGACAUUGCCGGACAGGAGCGAUACGGCAACAUGACCCGGGUUUACUACAAAGAGGCCGUGGGCGCUCUGGUGGUCUUCGACAUGACCCGCUUGGCCACCUUCCAGGCAGUCCUCAAGUGGAAAGGGGACUUGGACUCCAAGGUGGCCCUGAGCAACGGGAGACCGGUUCCUGCCGUCCUCUUGGCCAACAAAUGUGACCAACGUCACCUGGGUUUGUGCGCCAAGCUCCCCAAACUGGAGAACUUCUCGAGGGAUUACGGUUUUGUGGAUUGGUUUGAAACCUCAGCCAAGGAUGACACCAACAUUGACGCGGCAAUCUCGUGUCUGGUGAGGAACAUCAUGGCGGCCGAGGAAGAGCGCGUUACCCCAAGCGAGGAUGGCGACAACGGCUUGGUGCUCCCACGUUUCGACUACCACGGCAGGGAGGGGGGACUGUCCAAAUGCUCUGGAUGCUCUGGACUGAGGACCAGGGACAGACAUGGCAACUGAGGGACUCCUGUUGCUAUGGACACUAAAGUGCCUUAAGAUACGAGUGACUUAAGCUAAACAAGUGUGCUUCAGAUUCUGCCAACAUCCGCUCUUUUUGACUCUAUGGAGCACCUGUUCUCUGGUGUGCGCUUAGUCCCGCCCCCUCGGUUAAAUCACUAUAGCCACACACAAAUAAUAUUUACAGCCAAGAUACCUGUGAAUCCAUUAGCUUGACUCCGAAAAGCUCUGACAGAAUUAGUAGCAAUGCCUAAUAGUCCUGACAGAAACAAUUAUUUGUGUCCGAUUUAUAUAAUACUUUUACUGAUUUUAAUGGCAUUUCCUGACUGUUAUCUUAAAAAAUAUCAACUGUAACAACAGUACGAUUCAGUCUCUGAAUGAAGUCAGACAGAUUUAGAAAGGUCUGUCUGAUUUGCAAAACGGCGUCCUAACCUCAACGAUGCAUCUAGCAGAAUCUAAUGGAAGCGAGCUUGUUGGCCAAUGAUUUUUAAGCACAAGGGCAAUACGAGCAAAAGAACAGGAACCAAUGACGACAACGUCUUGCAGACCACAGACAGAUUUUUUUACUUGUAGUGGAAGGACAAUGUCAGUAGGUGGUACUAAUAGUACUGAAAAUACAAAUGUUACGCACAAGUUCCAUUCCUAGGCUGGCGAUGUAACCGGAAAUUUCCGCGUAAAUCAGAAUUAACCCUGUAAAGGAAACCUCGGACAAAGACUUGUAGACUCUAAUGAGCCAAAAUUGUUCUCUUGUAUUAAAAUAUAUAAUUAGAAACACAUAAAAUAUUGCGAUUGAUUUAAAAUGUUAAGUACAUAUUUUGACCUCCGGAGGGCGACAUGAUUUAUGCGCGCAAUGGACGCUCGGGGUGAUGACGUAGUUUGUCACUGUCACUAGAUGAACACUACCGGUGUUCUGCAAUUCAUUCCUACGCAGUGAAGCGUCCAACACAUGCGGACAUUGGUUGAAAGC